AUGGUGAUUCUGGACCCAAUGUCUCUGAGCGUAAAUCCGCUUGAAGAGAUUGAGAAAGUUUUGCAAAGACAACAGCCGGUCAUUGUCGGGAAAUCGAUUGAAAUGGAGGUUUACUCGAGUGAGAAUCAUCCGAAAUCAUUGGGUGAUCCAUGGAAGGGCGCCUAUUCUCGACACGGUUUUUGGUAUAAAUUUCAUUGGGGUGAUGAGAAAGAUUUCAAAAAGUUGGUUGCUUUUGGUGAAUCACAAAACGAAUUCCUUCUACAGUAUGAAGUGUUUUCAAUGUUUAUCGAGGAAUUGCAAGGGAAAGUGCUGGUAGCAAAAACGCUAUCCGGAGAUUUGAUGGGUGGGAUCACAAUGGGAUCGCAUAAAGAAUACACAGUGAUUGGAUGUCAUUUCGUUCUCGAGGAAUAUCGUCAUUCGGGGAUCGGUGAGAAGCUUCUUCGAGAGAUCCUUGAACACAUUCCACCGGGACACAAUGUCAUUUGCAAUGCAGUCAAUCCCCUUCACCAUUCAUUGGCUCGUUUCGGUUUCACACUUUCCCCGAGUUCUCCACAAAUUCACCGGUACAUAAUCGAGAAUCCAGAUGGCUUGAUGAAAUUGGAAGAUGUUUCCAAGAGCCAAAACUCUCUUCUGGCUACCGAUCUAAACGAGAGUCAAUGGGGUAAACUCUUCGAAUUCUACGCCACUCAAACGAAACAAGGAAUCAACGAAGAGUUUUUGCGCAGUUUUCUGACACAAACGACUACACAUUGUAUGAUUAUGGCGAUGUGUGCCUUGCGACGAGUUGCAGGCGGUCAAUCAAUCGGGAAUCUCGUUGUCGGUCCAUUCAUAUCGAUCGACGAGAAAUCCGCCGAACAAGCACUUCGACAGACACUCAACAAGUAUUAUAACCCCGAUGAUGACUACGAUUUCGAUCCAGAUCCUGAGGCUAUUUAUAGACGAAGCAUCAACUUCUUCGUGCCUCAAACUAAUCAAUCGAUGCCGAGAAUUUUGACGAAAUUCCGUGGAGAUGGAAAACUGAAGAUGAAUCGAUUAUGGUAUCAGACUGCCAGUUUCCAUCGUUCCAUCAAAGCCUUCUCUGCGAAUAUUUUCUCAGCGAGUGACUUAAAUUUCUUUAUCGUA